AACAAGGACAAAUUACGCCAUCUACAACUCUACUAAAUUGGUGUAACUUUGAGAUUUUCCUCAUGCUUUGAUUAAUAAAGAUCAUCAUUUUUGCAUUCUUGCUGAAUAUUAUAGUUAAAAGUUCUAGUAGGCCCUGAUCGUAAUGAAUCAUUAUAAAUUUUAGGUUUGGUUUACAAUUAGCAGAUAUUAAAACAAAUCUUCCUUUUGGAGCUAAAGUCCCAAGGUAAGAACUGUUAAUUUUUUUUCGUAUUUGUUGUAAGAAAUGCUAAUAUCUUUAACCUUUGCAAGAUCUUUGACUUACAACAGUUUUUAAACAGUGUAAAGCUAAGAAUAAUGAUAAAAUAUAAUAGGAUACUAUUACACAGACCUAUUCUUAAUAUUAGCUAAUGCGUAGUUUAGGAAAUCCAUUAUCCUAAUUGUUUUCUUUUAGGUGAAUAUGGAAGAAUAUCAAGGUAACUUUCGGAAAACGAAAUGCCCUGUAGUUCUAUUAACGAAGCUACUUUCAACUUUAAUCAUCUACAUAACAACAACAAUACAAACAAGUCAGGCUCAACCAAACUAUAAUUUUCCACCUUAUAAUGUUUCGGAAAAGAGUCUUGAACCUCGAUAUGUAAAGAUGUAUGAUAAAAUUCAAGUUGAAUUGAAUAUAACCUGCAACCAUUUUUCUGGCAACGUGGGGAAAAUUUACAUGGUAUCACAUGAUGAAAGCGUUGUAAAAGUUCAGCAGGAACCUGUUGAUAUUAUUUGUUAUCAUGAAAAAAUUAAUAUAGUUAGCUUUAUGAUUAAAGGAGAAUUUCUUGGAAAGACAAAAGUUAAAUUAAAGUUUUUUGGAAAAUCUAAUAAUAAAUUAGACGAAAAAGACCUUGAUCUAAAAGUUAUCGUUAAAAACAGACGUCUGACCAAUAUAUUCAUAAUAAUUGUGGCGUCUUUUAUGAUCAUUCUUAAUUUUGGAUUUGGUUGUAAGAUUGAAAUUAAUGUUAUAAAGGAAAUCUUAAAAAAGCCUAUACCGCCUUUAAUUGGUAUUCUCUGUCAAUUCAUUUUGAUGCCAAUUUUGGGUUUGACAAUAUCACAAGCCUUUCAAAUGAACAAUGACAUAGGUUUUGGUUUAUUAGUUUUAGCAACAUCUCCCGGAGGCGGAGGCAGUAACGUCUGGACUUUGAUGUUAGGUGGAGACCUCAAUUUGAGUUUAUGUAUGACAUUAUUCAGUAAAAUAGCAGCUUUGUUUAUGAUGCCUUUGUGGUUGUACGCCGUUAGUCGUCUUUAUAUAUCAGAAACUGCUAGUGUACCUUACAAGCAUAUUGCUAUGGGUCUGUUGGCUCUUCUUGUUCCUUGCCUCUGUGGUGUAGUCCUUCGUAAAUGGAAGCCUCGGGUUGCAGAAUUUAUCGAAAAAAUAAUAAAACCUGUAGCGGUAAUAUUUGUUAUUUUCGUAAUAACAAUGGGAAGCAUAACGAAUGUAUAUAUCUACUUAAUGUGGGCUCGAAAAUGGUAUAUAGUUCCAUCCGCGUUAUUGAUCACUUACUUAGGCUAUGCACUAGGCUAUGCUUUUGCACGUAUUACAAAACAGGGGCAUACACGUUCCCUUACUAUAGCUAUAGAAACUGGCAUUCAGGACACAGGAGUUGCUAUUGUACUCCUGCAAGGUACUUUUAAUGAACCGGGUGGUGAUAUAGCAGCUGCUCUUCCAAUGACAGCAGCAUUGUUCACGCCUUUUCCGUUAAUGAUAUUGUUAACUAUAUUGCAUAUUCACAUUUGUUGGAAAAAUGGAAAAUGUGAACGAUUUGGUGGACCAAAAAAUCAGAAAGAUAAUAGUGUAGAUAUAGAUAGUCUUCAACAGAAUGAAAAGAGUUUACCCCUUAAUACAACUCAACUUUCAAGCUUUAAUGUCUAA